AAAAAAUAGUGUGUAUACUGAAGCGAUUUAGAAUGGAAGAAUCUCAUCUACUCGUUCUGGGUCCUGAAGGUGCAGGUAAAACUUUAAUGCUCAAAAGACUACAGACGAUUUCUUCCCAAAUGAGUCUACCGCAAGCUCAAAGACGACAUGAUUUGGGAGAAGCACCUCCGACUAUUCCUACUGUUGGAGUAAAUCUCGUUACCAUUAAUUUAUACAGGAAGAAAUACACGUUUAGAGAGCUUGGAGGAGCUAUGGGUCCUAUUUGGUCCAAGUAUUUCAAAGAUGCAAAUCUGCUUGUAUUUAUAAUCGACACCGCAAACAGAACCAAGAUCUCCUCGUCUUGUAUUCAACUUCUCGAUGUUCUCUCGUCCAAACAGACUAUCAACAUGCCUGUUGCUUUGAUAUUUAACAAAGUAGAUAGUCCAAGUUGUAUGCCCAUGGCAGAAUUACUGACCAUCCUUCGCUUGAAUGACAUUAUUUUGUGCGCUAAGCAUGACAUUACAAUCAUCGAAUCCAGCUUCCGCACAGGACAGGGUAUAGAUGAGAUUAUGAAGUGGCUCAAGCUUAAAGCUGGACCAAAGAAGAGGGGAUCAUUUGCAGUAUGAGACAUCUAUCUUUUACUUUCGAAAUCCAUAUAUUAAAAAAAAACAUUUUAAAGUACAUAUACAGAUAUGGUCCCUCUGUUGCCAUAGCACCAGCAUAUAUUAUAUCAUUACUUUAAGUUAAUACUAAUAUUAGAAAAUGAAACAGCUUUUUCUGUGCUGUUUCAGUUAUAUGGUUUGUGAAGAGUAACAAAAGCAUGAAAGCAUUGCGGAGAGAAGCUUUAGCAGUGGUAGUACAAUCUUGUUCCCAAAGCACUUAUUUUUUACUUUGCAUGCUUGAUGAAAUAAUAUGUCAAUCAUGCACAGUAAGAAAUAAUGACUCUGGGAAUAAAAUAGGCCAAAGGCGUGCUUCUCACGCUUCUCGAGAGCUGUGGGUGCUUAAGUGCCAUAAUACUGAAUCCUGAACAGAAUACGUUGUUUAAUUAAGAGAAAGGAGAAAUACAUUAAAGUUGUCAAGACAA